AUGCCCUUACUCGAUUACCGCUCGAAAGUUUCAUAUGGCACAAUCGACCAAAUGGAACAAUACAACGAUGAGGAAGGAGAACAUCUUCUCCAGGCAGGAUAUGAGGCAGGAGGACAUGACAGCGAUGUAGAGUCCUCGGGGGAGUCUAUACAGGAAGGUGUUAGGAAGAUCGAGGCAAUCAAUCUGACAUGGACUACGCGAUCUUUGAUCAUAGCGUAUAUCAGUAUAUUCCUCAUGGCAUUCUGUACCUCACUUGAGGGCCAAACCGUCAUGUCCCUCUCGGCAUAUGCCACCAGCGCUUUCAGCAAGCAUUCGCUGAUCUCCACCGUUCUGGUAGUCCAGAAUGUGGUCAAUGCUGUCAUCAAGCCACCCAUGGCCAAAGUCGCUGAUGUGUUUGGCCGCUUCGAGGCCUUCUGCGUCAGUAUCUUGAUCUACGUUCUAGGUUACAUCCAAAUGGCUGCAUCAACGAAUGUUCAGACUUAUGCGUCCGCACAAAUAUUUUACUCUGCGGGUUCGACUGGCUUGCAGAUAUUGCAACAAGUUUUCAUCGCCGACAGCAGUAGCUUACUCAACCGUGCACUGCUCGCACUCUUGCCAGAGCUCCCCUUUUUGGUGACGGUCUGGAUCGGGCCAACGAUUGCAAAUGCAGUCCUUGAGCAUACUUCAUGGCGUUGGGGUUACGGCAUGUGGUCGAUUAUUUUGCCGGCCUCGUUUCUCCCUCUCGCGCUUUCACUUUUGUUGAAUCAGCGUAAGGCUAAGAGAUUGAACCUCAUAAAGCCCAGGAGCACUCACCGACGUGGGUUCUUUGCCGCCGUUCGCCACACUUGGUAUGAUCUUGACAUGUUUGGCCUGAUCUUGCUAUCGGCGGCGGUGACAUUGAUUCUGGUUCCCUUAACGCUUGCCGCCAAUUCCAGGAAUGGGUGGAAGAACAACAGCAUUAUCGCCAUGAUUGUGGUCGGAAUAGUCUGUCUCUGCGCUCUGCCCGCCUGGGAAAGCUCGAAGAAUUUGGCCCCCAAGCCCUUGCUUUCCCUACAUCUUCUCAAACAGCGCACUGCGCUUGCAGGGUGUACCCUGGCUUUCUUCUACUUCAUGGCAUUUUACUUCUCCGUUCAGCCGUACCUUUAUUCCUAUCUCCAGGUCGUCCAGGACUAUGAUGUAGCCACGGCGGGCCGUGUGACUCAAACAUUUGCCUUCACGUCUACUAUUGCUGCCUUCGGAGUGUCAGUAUUGAUCAAGUAUACUCGACGAUACCGCAUCUACGUCACUAUCGGCUGCUUGAUAUACAUCUCUGGAAUUUUUUUGAUGUUGACCUACCGCAGGGAGGGAAGCUCACCCGCUUUGAUUUUGGCGACCCAGGUGAUAGUUGGUGCGGGCGGUGGGCUUCUCAAUGUACCUGUCCAACUGGGUGUUCAGGCCUCUGCCAGCCAUCAAGAUGUUGCAGCCGCCACGGCAAUGUUUCUCACAUCCAUGGAAAUGGGUGGUGCCGUGGGAGCUGCCAUCUCGGGCGCCAUUUGGACACAUCACAUUCCUCGCAAGCUGCAACAGUACCUUCCCGAUGAGUCCAAGGCGGACGUGGGUGAAAUAUUCGGAAAGUUGACCAAGGCACUGUCCUAUCCUAUGGGGUCGCCCGCGCGAGUGGCGAUCAAUCGAGCCUAUCAGGAGACGAUGAACAAGCUUCUGGUCCUAGCGCUGAUUGCAACAAUUCCAUUAAUCCCUCUGAGCCUUCUUAUGUCGAACUACCGGCUCGAUAAGAUGAGCGAACCCCCGCACCACGAGUCGGUUGCCACUGAAGCUGAUGCGGAUGAACCUGAAUGCGAGGCACACUCGAAACAAACCUGA